GGUCACGGCGCCGCGGCGGGUCUGGUUGGCGGCGGCGGCGGUGGCGAGCUGGAGCGGAGCGCCCCGUGUGCACGUGUGGAGAAGCGGCGGCACCAGCACGGUGGCGGGAGACAUCCCCGCCCCCUCCGGAGACACAGGGCCGCGCUUGACUCUCGCGGCCUCCGUCACCCGCUCAGCUCCCUGCCCCAGGCUAGGAGACUGGCUUGUAGGGUAGAGUGGCCCGAGCUGAGGGCGCGAAGAGCACAGGGCGGCGGCGGCGACGGCGUUGAUAUCGGUGGUAACGACGGCCUCAGCAGACGGGGAAGAUGAAAGGUAGCCGGAUCGAGCUAGGAGAUGUGACACCACACAAUAUUAAACAGUUGAAGAGAUUAAACCAAGUCAUCUUUCCAGUCAGCUACAAUGACAAAUUCUACAAGGAUGUACUGGAGGUUGGCGAGCUGGCGAAACUUGCCUAUUUCAAUGAUAUUGCAGUAGGUGCGGUAUGCUGUAGGGUGGAUCAUUCACAGAAUCAGAAGAGACUUUACAUCAUGACACUAGGAUGUCUGGCACCUUACCGAAGGCUAGGAAUAGGAACUAAAAUGUUAAAUCAUGUCUUAAACAUCUGUGAAAAAGAUGGCACUUUUGACAACAUCUAUCUGCAUGUCCAGAUCAGCAAUGAGUCAGCAAUUGACUUCUACAGGAAGUUUGGCUUUGAGAUUAUUGAGACAAAGAAGAACUAUUAUAAGAGGAUAGAGCCUGCAGAUGCUCAUGUGUUGCAGAAAAACCUCAAAGUCCCUUCUGGCCAGAAUGCAGAUGUGCAUAAAACAGAUAACUGAACAAAUUACAGAUGAACUUUCUUGCACUUGCUUGUCGCCAAAUAAAAGAGAGGCCCACUGAUUUUUUUCCCCUUCUUUCUUUUAACGCUUCCCCCCUCUUUAUUCUUGUUUCUCUUUCUUUCUUUUUUCUAUCUUUCCUUCCUUUUCUCUAAAAGUUUUAAUACUUUCAAGGACAUUAAUCAUGUUUGGAUUGUUUGAGUUUUCUGACUUUCGUGAGGUGGUUUCAUUGAGGGAGGGAGAAGGUGUAGGUAUGUUUAGUUUCACAGUUAAAGUAUAUGGUUCCAAAAAUUGGGGUGUUAAAUAAUUUCAAAUUUUUUAGCUAAUUUUUUAAAAUGUCCUGCUUUCACAUUGAAGGGCAGAGCCUACAAAAUAUUGUAUAUUUCAAAAGACAAAAAGAAGCAGCAGCAAUAUCUUGUUCUCUAAUUCAUAGACAAGUUAGUGUGUUUGUGGUACUUUGGGUUUUUUAAAGACUAUUUGUGGGAUACUAAUCCCUAAACAUUGCCUUCACUCCACUGUUAGUCCUUCUGAGCACCAUCUCAGGAGUUGGACCAUUAUUAUCCUUGUAAGAAAUACUUAAGCUUUGGUUGUUGUUGUUUUUGUUUUUUGUUUUUUUAAUGCAGUUGUUUCCUUUCUUCUUUGCUGGUGGUUGAGGUAGAUGGGGCAGUUUGGUUAGGUAGUGUUUAUACUUUGGUCUCAGUAUUUGAGUUAAACUGCUUUUUGCUAAUGAGUGGGCUAGUUGUUAGCAGGUUUGUUUUUCCUGCUGUUGAUUGUUACCAGUGGAAUUAACUUUUAGAGUGUGAGCUGGUGAGAUUAAUUUAUUUUAAUAUCCCAGCUAGAGAUAUGCCUUUAACUGACCUAAAGAGGUUUGUUGUGAUUUACCUUUUUUUUUCUCCUGCCCUUUUUCUUCAGUGAACCCAAUAGUAGUUUUAGUCAACAUUGUUAAAAAUGGAGUUUAUGUCCUUAUUGGUCAAGACCCCUAAUUAAACCUGAAGCAGGUGUUUUCUCUUGGACAUAUUAAAAAGUACUUAAAAGGAAGUUUAGCUGUAUUUGUGGCACAAAAAAUGCAUUUAAUGUCAGCUAAUGCAGGCUGCUAAACCUGUGGCCUCUGAGUGUUUGAUUUAAUAGGGAAGAAUAUCUAGGCAGUAUUUUUGAGAACAUAGCUGCGCCUUUGCUUACCUGUUGGAGAACAUCCCAGAUUUGAUUACACUCUGUGCCUACAGUGUUGAGUUUAAGGAUUUGGGGAAGAGUGGAAUUGUUGAACGUAUUGCUUCUAUUCUUGGAAAAGUAGAAGUCUAUAAGUGUUAAUAAUGCACAUGUCACUGUGACCUCCUCUACUGACAGAACUGACUUAUGCCAGAAUAUUUUCUGGCACGUAGACAAGUGGCUUUGAUAUUGAUCAGUUUUUUUUUGAAAGAUGGGAAACAUCUGAAAUUUUUGUCUUUUCCUCCCGUAGUCCCAUCUUCAAUAUUUAAAAUUUUUUAGAUUGUCAAUACUGAUGACCUUUUACAAUGUCCCAUUAGAUUUUAAAACUACACAAGGAUUGAGUUUUCUCUUGCUUGACUUUGAAAGGAAGGUUGGUUCAUAACGUUUAUCCUCUUAUGUAAAAUUCUGGUAUGAAAGUGUCAUCUCUCCAGAUAUGCUAUUUACAAAAUAUUUAUGCACAUUUUAUAAUCCUAAGUUCUUAUUUGAGAAUGUGAAAGUGUAAUAGACUUAAACAGUCUUAUUGAGUGCCAAGAAUAAUACAGAAAAGGAAGGUAGUUGAUGAAUGAACAUAUAGGGCUCCAGUCUUAAGAUAGUAAAAAUCUACAAAGACCACGCUGUUUCUUGAGCAUCAGUUUUUUAAGCAGUCUGAAUCUAGGCUUAGAAGAAAGGUUUCAUGUUAAGCACCUUUAACCUUCGUGGAUAAACUUCAGCUUGCUCUUGCCAAGAGAAGAGUGCUUGAGUUACAGAAGGCAUUAGUUUGAAGAAUUCACUCUUUUUGUAAGCUUCAGGUUAUCAAAAUAGAUUUUGAUAUGUAAAUGAAUUUUCUGAGAUGACACUGCCUCUAUUUCUAUAACCAUUUUGCCUGGACUAUCUAAACAGUCCUAUGAAUGUAUCCCUAAAUGUGGUUAUUGAAAACAGAAUAGCUGCCUCAUGACAAUUAAGUAAAUGUUAUUUAAGGAGGGAAAAAAUUUAAAUUUUGAAUUGAUUGUGCAGGCUCCCUGUCAUUAUAGUUUUCUUUUUUCCACACUUUUCAAUAACUUAACCUAAAUCGUAAAUGUUUGUAAAGGGUUAAUCGUCCUGCAUCAAUUCCAUCCACUUAAGGAGAGAGAAAAGCUGGGCACUGAUUCAUAUGCCUGUGAAUCAGUAAAGACUGAAUUGCGUGUCCCAUGUUGAGUUGGUAAUUUUGACAUAUAAUAAAAAUUCUCUUGUUGGAGGUAUUACAAUAAAUAAUUCUAUUAACUGGAAGAUCACAGAAUGUGUCCAUCAUAUUUUUCAGGAUAGAUAGUUUUUACUGUGUGAUGAAUAGGUAAAAAUUAUACUAUAUGAUAAUUGAUUUCUGUUCUAAAGAAGAGAAUCUGUAGAUAUAUCUAUGCAAUAUAUAAUUUGUCCAGAUUAGUUUUCAUUUGGUAAGAAAGUUCUGAAAUAUCCCCCAAAGCAGUUUACUUAUCAAUUGAAAGUCCUCCAAAAAUAGAACUAUUGGGAAAUCUUUGUGUGUGGUGGUGGAAAAGAAAAGCUCCCUCAGUUUUUUGGAGGGAAUAACUUUAAAAAUACUUAAAUGGCUAAGUUUACCUGGUGUGGUUAAGAAUUAAACUUGUCAAUUUUAACAUUGCUGUUACAUCUGAAAUAAACUUGUGAUGUUCUGCUAGUAAUCUGUGAUGUCUGGUAAAUAUCAUUGUACUGACGUCUGUAUUCUGGGAUCAGCAGCUAUAUGUAGUUACUGAUACUGUUAACCAUACUGUUUCAUUUACUUUCACAUUUCUUUAAGAUCUAACUCAAAACUCAUUAAGAUAGGCCAAGUGUAAUCAAGGCCCCUUAAUUCAGACCUUUUGGAAUACUGCCCAAUUUAGAAAAAGUUUUGAUUUUCAAGUCUUUUAAAGUUAGGGAAGAGGAUUUUAUUUCUUUUAAAUAACUUUAAUUGUAUGCCAGGUGUUUAUUUUUAUGAGACUACCCGCAGAUGUUGCAUUGUAAAACUUAGUACAGAUAUUAACUACAAAUAUGAUCAUCUAAGUUGCCUGUAAAAUUUUUGUUUCAUCUUGAUUUUUUCUUUUGUAAUAUGAGGGGUAAAAUAAGUAUUACCUACCUCAGAUUUGUUAAGAUUAAAUAAAACUGUACAUGUAAAAUAAAUUCUGAAACACAGAGGAUGGUACCUAGUAAGAACCCUAAUGUUAAACUUUAAUAUCUGCAGUUCAAUCCCAAAGAUGGGGGAAAAAGUCCAAGAAGCUAUCCUAAUGCUUCUGUAUUUUGAAUGUAACUGUUAAAAACAUCUAACAGGUUAAGUUUCUCCUGAAUAUUAAACAAACAUGAAUUUAAAAUUUUGUUUUUAACAAGAUUAGCUCACUAAUAUCUUAGUCAAAACUUUUGUAAUUAGAAUUUUGUUUAUUCCUUUCAAGAAACAUUGAGUGGUCUUUGCACUAUGUCUUAAAAAAAGGGCUUAGUUGGGAAAGUUCAGGACUAGUGUGUCUCAAGUAAUUUGGAUUUAAAAUGAAUAGAGAAUUUGCAGCUUUUUUAAAGCAGUGCUAUACUGUAUUUUGAAAUUUUCUUAUUUCUGGGCAGACCUGCCAGGUGACAUUUAAUGGAUUUUAUUUGUGGGCAUUUUGUAUUUCACAAUGAAAGACAGGACUGAAGUUAGAGAAGUUUCAAGUAAUUUGAAACUGGAAACAGUUUUCAAUGGUAUUUCAUUUGGUAGUGAGGUGGAGUCAGAGCAUUUCUGAGGAGUAUGUCUAAUCACCUAAAGGGUUUUUUCGAACAAUAUAUUCAUUUUCCUGUUUUUCCCUUUCCAGGUUACAUUUAGUAUGAGGAUUAACAUAUACCAAAAUAAAGUAAUGACUGAGUUGAUUUGGUGAUUUUAGAACCUAAGAGUUUCAAAGCAAUACAAAUACAUUUUCGCACUGAACCACUGGCGAAUUUUUUGCCAGGUCUGAGUUAUCACUAUGUAGUACAGCACCCUAAAAUUUAGCAGCUCAAAACAAUAGCCAUUUACUCUGUCCCACAGUUUCUAAAAGUCAGGAAACCCAAAGUUGCUGAAUUGUGUGGUUCUGGCUCAGGAUCUCAUGACAGGCUGCAGUCAAGCUGUCAGCUAGAGUUGCAUCUUCCAAAGGGUUGACCAGGGCUGGUAAAGCCACUUCCAAGAUGGCUCACUUACAUGGCUAUUGUUGGGCCUCAGUUCCUUGCUAUGUAGGUGUGUCCACAGGCUGUCUGAGUGGCACCUUGGCAUCUGGCUUCCCCCAGAGCUAAUAAUACAAGACUGAGCAGAAACCAUACUCCUGCAACUUAACUGUAGAAGUAACCUACUACUAUUGCUAACAUAUAUUGGUCCCACAGGUUAAUCUGGUACAAUGUGGGGAGGGCUACACAAGGUUAUGAAUACCAAGAGGGUGGGGGUCAUUGGCAGCCAUCUAGGAGACUGGCUACCAUAUUGCAUGAAGAAAAUGCUGGGUUUUGUUGACAAGGCAGGGUGCUUCAUAAGAUCCUGUUACAUUACUCUCUAAAGAGAUUAGUUUCCUAAACAAGGGUUAGAGAGCUCUGCAGUUUACAAUUUGGAAUGCACAAGAAAUAGGAAGUGGGCCCAAAAGUUUUCCUCUUGUGGUUUGGUUUUAGGGUUGGGGCACUAAUCUAUCUUCCAGAUUGGUGAUUUUCUAGCUAGGUGAUUUGGACAUUCCUGGAAAGUUGGGUACUGGCAUUCAUAAGUAGGAACAGUAAGCCAAUGGGAAUAUUUUAGGGAAUGACUAUUUCACAUGACAGAGGGUCCUGAAUUGGACCUUGCUUGCAGGACUGUGCCACAGGAACUUAAUCUUAGUUUAUAAUACAGCCAAGUAACAGCAUAUGGGAAAAGGGCUUGACUCAAAUUUUUAAAAUAUGUUGAUGGAACAUUGAGAAAUGUGAAAUCAGGAAGCAGUCUGUUACUGGGGUAGAAGUUCUUUUCAAUUUUCUAAAUUAAAAUAUUUGAGUUUCUUUAGGUAAGAAUUUAUCUAGAAUCAAAGUCUGCUCUAGAAGUAGUUGGGAGCAUAAAGUUAAUAUGAAGCAGUCAUUAUUUACAGCCUAAAUUCUAAAUCUUGAAGAAUUGCGGCCCAUUUUAUGUUACUAUAUGAUGAAAGCUUACAUCUAACAUUUGGGAAGAUACCCAUUUGAUGGAGUAUUUUGUCAUUUGUGUACUUCGAGUUAGACAUUCCUGAUUUAUUUGCCACAGCUGAAUUUCAUCCCAGUUUUACUCUUUAUUACUAUCCUCAAAAAACUAGAGCUUAUCUUAGCUUGCAAAGGAUUUAAGCAGUAUAAAUUAAAGCACAUGUUAGAUGGCUCUAUCUUUGCAGGGUAUCUGAAUAUGUUUUCCCUUUUUUUCUUUGUUUUUUUGUAUCAGACUUCUCGAUCUCAUCUAGUUCAUCUUUUAGAAACAGCAUUGAGGAUAUCAAAGUUCUCUAUAAAGAUUUGAACACUUGUCACUGGCAGUUUCCUACCUUAAAGUACAAUAAAACUGGCAGAUAACACAUCUAACGGCUUAUACAGGUGAAUUUGAAUAUACAACUUGAAAAAAUUAGUAUAUACGUAAUAUCGGGUGCUUUUAGUAAGAUGAGGGUUUUAUUAAUAGUUUUUUGAAAGCAGUUUUGUGACAUUCUUUGUCCUUGCUACCUUUUUAUGUAAGGUUAUCUGCCUUUAGUAAAUAUAAAGUUACAAAUUGUUCCUACUGUGUUGAGCACCAACUAUUCUCAGCUCUAGACAUAUGACAGUGAGCAAGGUAUAAAAGGUCCAUGGCCUCUUUAAAGGUAAAUCAACUUAUCUUUAAGUUGAGUAAAAUUCAUGUCUAGGUGAAGGCCUACCUCUUUAAUAAAGACUAGAGCCCACAAGGAUCUUGACUUUAAACUUUGGAAGAGGAAUAUCUCCUCCACUGACUUGCUUUCACUUAAAGCCUUAAUUCCUAAAGAAAGUGGAGACUAUAAGAAUGAAAGGACUCACACUCUGCCUCUUUGCUCCUGAGGAAAUGGAUGUGCAACCACCCAAGUCAGUGCUGUUUGUAUCUUUGGGUAGUAUUAGUUGAUCACCCAUUGCAGAAGCAGUUUUCAGAAAAUUUGUAACUGAUCAAAAUAUUUCAGAUAAUUGGAUGAUAGUGCCACAACAUCCACUCAUGGGAGAUAGGAAACCCUGCUGAUCCAUCGAGGGCAAAAUUGCAUGAAGCAGCAUGAUAUUCCUAUGAAUCAUGUUGCUUGGCAGGUUCCCAAGAUUUGGCCACAUUUGAUGAAAGCAAUCAGAGAUUUGAAUACAAAAUGUAGUGAAGUUAAAAACUGCAAAGCAAGAGUUGAACUACUUGGGAGCUAUGAUCUACAAAAACAGUUUAUUGAAGAUUCCUAUUUUGGGAAUGACUCCAACUUUGAGACUAUACCAGCAGUGUAUUAGGUACUGCAAAGUCACAGUAAAGCUGCAUCCAUUCGUUGCUGAAGGCCAAUAAUGAUUAACCUCCAUAGUGAUGUUCUAGAUUUUCUUAGUCAACAAGUGUGUUCAAAGUGUAUGUUUGCUAGCUCAAGGCCACAACUUUUUCAAUUGACCUAUUGUUUUUUAUCUUAAAAACUAAUUGUAGAUGGAAAUCAAUGUUGUGUUUGGCAGAAGAAUUAAUAAAAAUCUUUGAUCCAGACAGUUUAUGGGAUACCUUAAACAAAUUGUAUCACUUAUCUUGCCCCAAUUACAAAAAUAGUGGAACAAAUAAAAUAGUACAACCAUGAAAUA